AUGCUCCGAUACCUGCCAAGUCCUUGGAAGAGUGGGUUCUUCCGGAUGGACUCUCGAAACAUAGAGUUGCUAUCGAUCGAUUGAUUCAACUGAGGGUGCUUUCUGAAACUGUUGACAGGAAAAGCACAUUGGUACCGAUUUGUAAGAACAAAAGGGAUGCUCAAACUAUCGAGGGAUUGAGCUCAUGAUUCAGACCAUCAAAUAGUGGGUGAGAGUGAUAGAGCAUGGAUGGAGGAAAUGUACAAGUACCAUUUUGAGUUUACGUGUGCGAGGUCUAUUAUGGAACCUAUACAUCUGAUAAGGAAAAUGCUGGAAUAUUAUAGGGUGAUGAAGACAGAUGAAUGCAUGAUUUUCAAUAACUUGAAGAACUCUUAUGCCAAGGUGCUGAGAGGCUUAUGCUGGUGGAUAAUGGCUAAGAAGGGUAUUCCUCGUAAACAUUUUGAUCUGGUUAGUAUGUAAAAACAAAUGUAAGGCUUGUGGUGGAGACGUGGAACAACAACGGAUUUUUUUGUUACGAUUGACUACACCUAGGAUCUAUAUUGAGUUGUUUCCUCUUUGCGACAAUAUUGGAUGGAUUAAUAAGGUCUCUAUCCAGUAUGAGAUACCAUAGUGUAUGUUGUUUGCUGAUGAUAUUGUACUGUUGGGCAAGAUUAGAGUUGGGGCUAAUACUAAAUUGGAGCAAUGGAGGCAACAACUCGAAUCUCAAGAUUUUAGACAAGUCAGCAAAACAGAGUACAUCAAAUGCCGUUUUAGCACUAGUAGCACUGGAUGGUAAAAAGUUGCCUAAGAGUGAGUGUGUUGAGUCCAUUGGGUCUAUUCUCCAGAGGAAUAGAGGAAUUGACCAGGAGGUGACUCAUAAGAUUAAGUUGGGUGGCCCAAAUGGAGAGCAACAUUGGGGAUAUUGUGUGACUAUAGUGUACCUUUGAAGGUAAAGGGAAAAUUCUGCCUGACAUUUUUAUAUGGGUUAGAAUGUUAGGCAUUUAGGAAACAUCAUAUUAGGAAAUAGGAGUAGCAGGUAGGUGUGGGGGAAGACCUUAAAGAUAAUAUUAGAAAUGUAGACCAAUGUAUUAAAAAGCUCAAGGCGCACUAAGUUGAUAGGUGUCUUGCUGUGCGGCCUGCGCCUCAUUUAAGUGAGGUGCACUGUAUAAAUCUAUUUUAAAUUUACUUGUGCACCUUAUAUGGGCCUCGGGUGUGCCUCUUUGAAUGCACCUCGCCCUAGAGCAAAAAAAAACUUGACCCAAUGAUCUAGCGCCUUGGCGCGCCUUUUCAUAUGCUGAUGUAGAUAUUAGGAGGAAAGUUGGAGUUGCGGAUAUUGAGGAUAAAAUAAGGGAAAGCCAAUAGUGGUGGUUUGGGCAUGUGAGUCAGAGAUUAGAAGAUGUGCGGGUAAGGAAAGUAAAAGGUUGGUAUCAAAGGGAUGUUAGAACAAGCUGAUGGAUACCAGAGAUGACUUGGAUGGAAGGAGUUAGGAAUGAUAAGCAGAAGUUGGGUUUACAGGAGCAUAUAACACUUGAUAAAAGGGAAUGGAGGCCUAGGAUCAUGGUUGACCGUUCAUGUUGCUGAUCACAUCAUUGGGAUUAAGGAAAAAGGAGACCAGCUAUGAAAUGAAUAAAAAGUUUCAGAUUAACCUUCAGAAGCAGCUAAUACAUGGUGGAAUAUUACCAAGGGAACCAAUGGCUUCAAGUUCUGUGAUUCUUCCAAGCUCGGAGGAACUAGAAAUCUAUGCUCUUGAACAGUGGGAGCAUUUCCUGCUGCAUCUUAUCAGCUCAAACCAAUCGGAAAAGCUAACAAACUUCAGUUCUUCAAUGAUGAAGGUUUUCCAACGUGGCCUCUUGAGUCAAAGAGAUAAAGAAGCUUCAAGGUUGACUGAGUAUGGCUUCCAGUUCCUGCUGAUGGAAACAAAUGCACAACUUUGGUAUAUCAUCAGGGAAUAUAUUGCCAACGCUGAGGAACGUGGCGUAGAUCCAGCAAAUAUAAUUUCUUUUCUGCUGGAGCUUAGUUUUCACGAGACAGGACAGGCAUACAACAUCAACACAUUGAAUGAAGUUCAGCUUAAUACAAUCAAGGACCUUAGUGAUUUGGGAUUAGUCAAACUUCAGCAGGGAAGGAAGGAGAGUUGGUUCCUUCCGACAAAGUUGGCUACCACCCUUUCAGUCAGCCUAUCAGAUACAGCAACUAGGAAACAGGGUUAUGUGGUAGUGGAGACAAACUUCAAGAUGUAUGCUUAUUCUACGUCCAAACUACACUGUGAAAUUAUGCGUCUUUUUGCAAGGAUAGAAUACGAACUUCCUAAUCUCAUCGUGGGGGCAAUUAAUAAAGAAAGCUUGUAUAAUGCCUUUGAUAAUGGCAUUACUUCAGACCAGAUAGUUUCAUUUCUUCAACAAAAUGCACAUCCUCGUGUAGCUGAGAAAGUACCAACUGUUCCAGAAAAUGUCACUGAUCAGAUUAGGCUUUGGGAAUCAGAUUUAAACAGAGUUGAAAUGGCACCUGCUCAAUUUUAUGACGAAUUUCCGUCUAAGGAUCUAUUUGAGGCUGUUUGCGACUUUGCACGGGAAUAUGGAGCUCUGUUGUGGGAUGAUUCGAAAAAGAUGCAGCUUGUAGUAAAAGGCGAGCUGCAUAAUGAAAUGCGUGAAUUUCUCCGCCGCCAGAAACAAUAGUCACAUUACAUACAUGAGAACAUGGGAAGUGAUGAAUUGCACUGAUGCAGCCUAUUAUUGUGGAUUCAAUCGAUGAUAUGAUUUGAUGCAGUGCCAAGAGAUUGUGUCUUAAUCUAUUGAACUAGUCCAUUGUUGUCAUUCGGCCAAUAUCAUCCCACUCCCCUGAAAAUUUUAAGAGAAACAAAUCAGUUCCAAGAUCGAGAACGAGUUGUAUCUUGUGCCAAUUAGAUUUAGUUGCAAAACUUGGUAGUUUGUAGAUAUGUGAUUUAGCUAAAAGAUGGUUAUAUUUAAAGGUGAUACGAGUGGAACCGAGCUUCCCCCCAUUCUGAUCUUUCA